UUUUGAAACGUGGGAGUCCUAUGUAGCAGCACAGACUCAGGAUGAGAGCUGUCAUGCCACUGAAUCAACUUCAUAACUGGCCGAAUGCUGUGGUCUUGGGGCUCCUGCUUCUCCUCCUCCAUGUGCAGGGUCAGGACUCAUCAGAGGCCAGCCCCAUCAGAAACACACACACAGGCCAGGUCCGAGGCAGCCUUGUCCAUGUGAAGGAUACCAAAGUUGGUGUCCACAGCUUCCUGGGAAUUCCCUUUGCAAAGCCACCUGUAGGAAAACUGCGCUUUGCUCCCCCUGAGUCCCCUGAGCCAUGGAGUGGUGUGAGAGAUGGGACUUCAUAUCCAGCCAUGUGUCUGCAAAGCCUUGAAAUGUUGAAUGCAGAGGGCCUGAAGGAUAUGAAACUGACCCUGCCUCCCAUCUCUAUGUCUGAGGAUUGUCUGCAUCUCAACAUCUACACACCAGCUCAUGUCCAUGAGGGCUCUAAACUGCCUGUGAUGGUGUGGAUCCAUGGUGGUGGGAUGGUUGCAGGUAUGGCUUCCAUGUAUGAUGGAUCCACUCUGGCAGCCAUUGAAGAUGUGGUGGUGGUCAAUAUACAGUAUCGGCUGGGUGUCCUGGGCUUUUUCAGCACUGGAGACCAGCAUGCCAGAGGCAACUGGGGCUACCUGGACCAAGUGGCUGCCCUACGAUGGGUUCAGCAGAAUAUAGCCCACUUUGGAGGCAACCCUGACCAGGUCACUAUUUUUGGCGAGUCAGCAGGUGGCACAAGUGUGUCUUCACAUGUUUUGUCCCCAUUGUCCAAAGGACUCUUCCACAGAGCCAUCAUGGAAAGUGGAGUAGCCCUGCUGCCUGACCUUAUCUCGGACACCCACGAGAUGGUCUACUCUACGGUGGCCAACCUGUCUGGAUGUGAGGCCAUAGACUCAGAGGCUUUUGUGCACUGUCUGAGAGGCAAGAGUGAAGCAGAGAUUCUGAUCAUUAAUAAGGUCUUCAAGAUCAUCCCUGCUGUUGUGGAUGGGGCGUUCUUUCCCAGGCAUCCCAAAGAGUUAUUAGCAUCUGUGGAUUUUCACCCUGUCCCCAGCAUCAUUGGUGUCAACAAUGAUGAGUAUGGUUGGACCAUCCCCAAGGUCAUGGGCUUCGCUCAGACAAUAAAGGAAAUAACCAGAGAGAACCUGCAGGAUGUUUUGAAGAAUACAGCAGCACAAAUGAUGCUGCCUCCUGAGUGUGCUGACCUGCUAAUGGGAGAGUACAUGGGGGACACUGAGGACCCACAAACCCUCCAAAUACAGUUCACAGAGAUGAUGGGAGACUUCACGUUUGUGAUCCCUGCACUCCAAGUAGCACAUUUUCAGCGUUCCCACAACCCCGUCUACUUCUAUGAGUUCCAACAUCAGCCCAGCUUUCUCAAGAGUCUCAGGCCACCCCAUGUGAAGGCUGACCAUGCUGAUGAGGUUCCUUUUGUCUUUGGGUCCUUCUUCUUUGGCAUGAAACUUUUCCUCACUGAGGAGGAAGAGCUACUGAACAGGAGGAUGAUGAAGUACUGGGCCAACUUUGCAAGAUAUGGGAACCCCAACAGCGAGGGUCAACCCUACUGGCCCAUGUUGGACCAUGAUGAGCAGUACCUGCAGCUGAACAUCAAGCCUGUUGUGGGCCGAGCCCUGAAGGCCAGAAGGCUGCAGUUCUGGACCAAGACUCUGCCCCAGAAGAUCCAGGAGCUAAAGAGAUCUGAGAACAUGCACAAAGAUCUCUAGUGCCCUGUGUGAGGAAUGGUGUGUGGGCUUCGCUGCUGAAGGGUGUUUGGCUAUAAUCUCAGGCUCAGCUCCAAUUCUCUCUCCAGACCUCGCCCUCUCAGAGAACCGCCAGAGGGGCCCAGUUCUUCAUUUCCUGUGAUGGCUACUGCUUCUCCCCUAAGGCUGCAAGCUUCUGAGGACCCUGCCUACCAUGGUGGGACAUGGGACCAGCUUGCGUAGGAUUCGUCAUCACCCCACCCUGUGCCUGCAGGGUAUUUGGGCCCCCUUCUUCAGUGUGGCCUUGUCAUUUCUUUUGCUCCCUUCCCCUGUCUCACCUCUGGGGGCUGGAAAGGUCACCAGGGAGUGCUUUGCCCAAUAAACUUGGUCUUUCACUAUUAAUUCGGCUUGAUCCGGUUUACUGUGUAGGCUGAGAAACCUAUUAAAGGGGUACAAAUACCUUUCAUCUUGCUGCCUUGGGCAAGAAGACUAGUGCUUUCCCCGCUCGUUCCCCUGCCACACAGGAAGCUGCUCUUCUUUUUAUCUCCCUUCUCCCAGACCGGAUGACUCCUGGGCUCUGGUAAGCCAUCCAUUUCAGAGCCAAAGGUCACUUCAGAGUCAAGACCUCUUCUUGGUCAAUGAUGUGUCUGCGCCAGGCAACCAGCACCCAUUUCAGGACAAUGGAGCAGAGACCAUCUCUGUUAAGUGGGGUCCUUUGUACAGGAGUCGUUCUCACAGUAUAGAAUGUAUAACAAUAGUUCCAAUGAAAUGACCACCAGUUCUUAAUAUCAUUAUACUGAGACAGUCCACCCACUCAGCUAUGUAUUUCACAAGUAGUGAGUGACACUUUUUUAAGGAGAUCUGGACCCGUCCAUUAGGUCCUCUAGCCUGAGACUGUGUGUGUGUGUGUGUGUGUGUGUGUGUGUGUGUGUGUGUGUGUGUGUGUGUGUGGUGUUGGAGUCUGUUGAAGUUUCUCCCCCACCACAGGGCCUGGAGAUACUAUGAGGUUCAUGUCUACAUUUUCCUGACAUUUAUGAAUAUGUUUGACUGUGAGAUGUGUCCUGGAAGUCAGAUGGGAGCAUCAGAAGGUCCAGAAAUUUCCAAUAGAAAACCAUCCUAUCCCAGUCUCCCCCAGUACCUGUCCAUGUAUGGAAGGCUAUUUCUAACUUUCACAGAUCCCCCUCAAGUCUUUGGUUCCUGUGACACAAUCAUUCUCCUUCAUCUCCCACAUUAUUAAAUUUUUCUGAAUUUAUUUUCAUCCCUAAAGUUUUUCUAUGUCCUCUAUUAAAAACUUUUACUUACUCUUUAUGCCAUCAUACAAAGGUAAAAAAAAAAAUGUGCUCAAUCGGUCUCUGUGUUCCCUUAAAGCAUUUCUGUCAUUAAAGGCUUCUGUUCCUGUCCCACCACUGUAAGUAUUGCCUGGUUACAGAAAAUGACCAGUUCAGGCUCCAUAUCCUCCACUACUAGGAGUCUUCACUAGGGUCACACUCAUAGAUUCUGGGGAGUUUCCACUACAAUAAGUUUCCACAUUGCCUCCCAGUACCUCUAAAUUCCAGGGAUUUCUCCCAGUACCCCCUCCUUCUGUAUAUCCAGCCACAUGUAAUCCUUUCUGUUCCCAAAUCCACACACUCCCUGUCUACCCACAAAAUCUUUUCUAUUUCCCCUUCCCAGGGAGAUCCAUACAUCCCCCUUAACCCCUCCUUGUUACUUAGUUACUCUGGGUCUGUGGUUUGUAGCAUGGUUAUCCUUUACUUAACAGCUAAUAUCCACUUAUCAGUGAGUGCAUACCAGGUUUGUCUUUCUCCUUCUGGAUUACCUUAUGCAGCACAAUUAUUUCUAGUUCCAUCCAUUUGCCUGCAAAUAUCAUGUCAUUCCUCUCUAUCAGCUGAGUCGUACUCCAUUG